AUGUCUUCGAAGGAGCAGUACGAAAUCAGAGAUUUCGAGAAACAGCAGCAAGUUCCGUCGGAGCUGUCUGACUAUGAGUCCACCCCCGUGGCCGAGUCGUCUGAGGCGGUAAAUCUGUCGUUUGUCGACCGUGUCGCGGCUAAGUUGAACGCAGAGACAAAGGGUAUCGACCCGAUCACGGAUGAAGAGAAAAACGACAAUUCGCUCUUUGGUGCCGCUUCCAUGUGGUUUUCCGCUAACAUGGUGAUCGCUUCGUUCGCGCUGGGCGCGCUGGGACCCGCAGUGUUCGGUCUCAACUUCUACGAGUCGCUUUUGACCAUCAUUUUUUUCUCGUUAAUCGGACUUUUGCCCGUUGCUUUUUUCUCCGUUUUCGGUGCUGAACUCGGUCUUCGUCAGAUGGUUCUGUCGCGGUUUUUGCUCGGUAACGUCACGGCUCGUAUUUUCUGUCUCAUCAACAUCGUUGCCUGUGUCGGUUGGGGUGCUGUCAACACAAUUGCCUCCGCGCAAUUGUUGCACAUGGUCAACCCUACCGGAGCACGUUGUCCCCCAUGGGCUGGGUGUCUCAUCAUUGUGGUCUCGACCAUUCUCGUCACCUUUUUCGGCUACAGAGUCAUCCACACUUACGAAAAAUGGUCCUGGAUCCCUAACUUUGCCGUUUUCCUCGUGAUCAUCGCACGUCUCAAGAUCUCCGGUGCAUUCACCCCGGGUGAAUGGACCUCGGGCGCCACUACUGCUGGUGGUGUGCUAUCCUUCGGUGGUACGAUUUUCGGGUUUGCAGCUGGUUGGACUACUUAUGCUGCAGACUACACAGUUUACAUGCCAAGAAAUACCAACAAGUACAAAAUCUUCUUUUCCGUGGUUUUCGGCCUGUGGUUCCCAUUGCUAUUCACGCUCAUUUUGGGCUCUGCCUCCGUCAUGGGCACUUUCACUAAGGAUACCUGGAACUCUUACUACGAAAGCGAUGGUGUAGGUGGUCUAGUUUACGCCAUCUUGGUUGAGGACUCUCUUCACGGAUUUGGUCAAUUUUGCUGUGUUAUCCUCGCUAUGUCUACCGUCGCCAACAACAUUCCAAACAUGUACUCCAUUGCUUUGGGUACGCAAGCCAUGUGGGAACCACUCUCGAAAGUUCCAAGAGUGUUCUGGACUGUUUCGGGCAAUUUCAUCACCUUGGCAAUUGCUAUUCCAGGAUACUAUAAAUUUAACACUUUCAUGUCCAAUUUCAUGGAUGCUAUCUCAUACUACUUGGCCAUUUACAUCGGUAUCACUUUGAGUGAACAUUUCAUUUACAGAAGAAGCUUUAAGAACUACAACGUCGAGGACUGGGAUAACUGGAAGAAAUUGCCAAUCGGUUACGCUGGCGUUUGUGCACUUUUCGUGGGCGCUGUCGGUGUUGCUGUGGGCAUGGACCAAACUUACUGGGUUGGUGAAAUUGCUCGUCGCAUCGGUGAAUAUGGUGGUGAUAUUGGUUUCGAACUCGGUAUGGGAUUCGCCCUUAUUGUCUACAACAUAUUAAGACCUUUCGAGAAGAAGUACACUGGUCGCUGA